AUGACAACUACUAAGAUUCAAACAGACACUUACGACCUUUUUCUAAAACAAAUAUUGGACUCUGACACAGACGAUGACUUUUUGAAGAAUUUCCCUAUUAUAUCGAAUGGUGGUGUCUCUGAUGGGCAGUUUCCUCCUGAAUUAGAAGCUGCAUUGGAGGAUAAAGUCCAAACAGAACAAUAUGUGAACAAUUUAAGAAAAAAAAUGGAAGCUUGGAAGGCAGCUGGAUUAACUGAUGCCAUGAAAAGGGCUCUUGAACUAUUGCAUGACGGUAAUGGAAUGCCACCGGCGAAUAGCGGCGAUGACGAAGAUGAUACAGAUGGAAGCAAUGACGAACCUUCAACCCCUACAACUGAAACACAAGAGUCACAUUCGCCACCGAGAAUAGCGGAGGGUUCGAUAUCACGCCUUGUCAAUGGAGUUUCAUCUCUUGUAGAUAUAGAAAGUUGUUUUGACUCUCUGAGAAUUCCCGAGCUGGAUCUCCCAAUUACAGCAGAAAGCACAAUUAAGGCCGUACUUACAGAAUUAUAUCAACUUCAAGAAGAUCUUCAAAUUCAUUUACAAGGUGGGCCUUUAGCUGAGCCAUCAACGCUUGGAGCUCAGCGUCGCAGAAAAGUUCAAGAUCUUCUCGACAAAGUUAUGAAAGAGGCUGCUUUGUAUGAGGAAUUUUCAAAUAGAGCACAACACUUAAACCUAGAUCAAAUAUUAAACGAAUCAGAUGAAACAAGUGAAGAUGAAUUCAUAGAUUCCGAAACUCAAGAUACAGAAUCAGGAGGAGUUUGCUUUGAGGACUCACAAUCAGAUAUAUCACGCAGAUCAACAACAAGCACUUUAACUACACCUAUGUCUCCGCCUUCUUUUAAAGCUGUUGAUCCCAGUCUUGCGCGGCUUCGUUCUGCAUCUUCCAAUUCAAUCACAUCAAUGCAAUCACGGGCUGCUUCAUCUAGACACUCACGUCCGACGACACCUUCUAUAUUGGGUUUUGAGGAUAUAGGAUUAUCUGCUCCACCAGAACCUUGGGAAGCAUUUCGAUGGAUACCCUUAGACUCAAUCUCUGAUCAACUUUAUUCUUCUAAUUUUAGCCAAAAUUAUGGACUUCCCACAGUCUUAGCGGUAAGCGGAGUAAUAGCUGUGGGUACUACACGUGGCUUAAUCUUAGUAUAUGAGAGAGAACAAACUUUAAAAUGUAUUCUUGGAACUACUGCAAAUGCUCUGGAGCAUGGCGCUGUAACUUCGUUAUGUAUAUCAAUAGAUCACGCACAGAUUGUAAGUGGACAUGCACAAGGACAUAUUUUUAUAUGGGAUAUUUCUCGACCAAAUAAUCCCACAAGAUCAAUGUUACCAAUUUCAGCCGCAGUUGCUGCUGGUGGUCGAAAGGAUGGACAUAUUCGAGGAUCCUCAAUUUUGCAUGUAGAUUUCGUGGGAAUUCGAAAAAAUGGAAUAGUUUCUGGUGAUGAUCAUGGCAUGGUUUUUUAUCAUAAUAUAUAUAAAGUGAUGAUGGUAAAUGCGUCUGAAACUAUCCGCAUACUUGGACGUUAUCCCGCUUCUACUUCCGAACCAGAAACUUCCAUAGUAUCAAAGCCGCCCCGUCCAAGUACUGUUUUUGGCCUAGCACCUUUACCAUUAGGACAGUCUCCACAUGGAUCUGAAGGAUUCGGUCUUGUGGCUAUGUUGACUCCACAUAAAAUGACGAUUGUCAGCACUAAGCCCACUAUACAAACACAACAUAAGUGUCUUAAACCGAGAUACCAUCCUUCUGAAUCGACGAAAUCGAUAUCAGGCUGCCUUGCAUGGUAUCCCGCAAUGAAAGACAAAACAAAUGCAGUAGAGUCAACUUCUGUGGAUACAGAUCCACUUCUUGCCUUCUCGUGGGGAAAUCAUUUGACAAUAAUUAAGGUAACAGUAACUCAAAUUGAAACUGCAACAAAGCGUCGUCGACAAGAUCGUGAAGUUCGUUUAGAAUUCACAAAAAUUGGAGAAUGGAAAAAUAAAAAUAGCAUAGUCGCCCUACAAUGGUUAUCACCUCAUGUUUUAUUGAUCCUCACAAAUACCGAAGAUAUAAUUGUAUUUGAUCCAAAAACUAUGGAAAAAACGAUGGAAAAAAGCGAGCACAAUAAUAUAAGACGAAAAUCAUUAGUAUAUCAUGAUCGGUUUGCAGCUCCCUUAAAAGAUAUGCCUGAAGUUUCAAAUAUAUCUAAUGAAAAUAAAUUGACUGUAGAUUUAGGCUAUUAUCAUAGUAUUCGAGUACAUAAGGGCGUAGUGUUUUUAUUGGGAGUGCGGCAAUUAUUCGCUGGCACAUUACUGUCUUGGGCAGAUCGUAUCUUGGCCCAUUUUACAUCGGGUGACUUACUUCAAGCUAUAGAACUUGCUACUAAGUUCUAUAAUGGAACAUCUUCCCAAACAAUAUUGGGAUUACCUGAUGAAGAGGAAAGUCGACAUGCAAUUGUGGGGGAAAAACUUAUGGAACUUUUGAUCUCUUCUUUAAAUUACGCAUUCUCAACUGAUAGAGCAUUUCAGGGCGUGAUUAAUGAGCAGGAUUUGGCUAUAAAAUGUGUCAAAGCCUGUCUUAGUAUGCAUAAAGAAGAAUUUCUUUUUACCGAAGUAUAUGAACGAUAUGUUAAGGCCAAAGAAACUGGUAUAUUACUCGAGGUUCUCGAACCAUAUAUCAUACAAGAUAAAAUAAGAGAUUUGCCGCCGGAAAUUAUGAAGGAUCUUGUUUCUCAUUAUCGUAACCGACGUUUGCUCACUCGUGUGGAAGAAUGUAUAUUUCAUAUUAAUCCACAAUGCUUAGACAUUGACCAAGUUGUGCAACUUUGCACUAGCGAGGGAUUAUACGACGCUUAUAUAUACGUAUUUAACCGUUCUAUGGUUGAUUAUGUGAGUCCUGCUGUGGAACUCUUGAUGUUAAUUCAAAAAAUAUUAGGUUUAGAGAAACGUAAACGUCGAAAGCUUCGUCUUUCAAUCGGUGUCUCCGAUAGCAAUGUCUUAGAAACAGAAGAUUUAGAAACUAUGAAAGCGAAUGCUCGUAAAUUCUAUGUCUAUUUAAAGAACAUUCUUAUUGGUCGUACAUAUCCAAACGGUGCCCCGCUAAACGAUAUUGAGGCAAAUGAAGCUCGCACCACAUUAUACUCUUUUGUAUUCUCGGGGCGAUGCGUAGUUUGGCCCAGACAUGGCGGAGAUCUCGUAUUGACUGCGGAAGAUAAAUUUCAUGGCGCAGAACCAACAUAUCCUUAUUUACGACUUUUCCUUCGAUUUGAUACCCAGGCAUUUCUACAAGCCUUGGAAUGUGCAUUUGAAGAUUCAUAUCUAAACGGAGUUGAGAUAAUUACGAGUAAUGAUGAAUAUUACGAAGAAGAAGAAUUGCCGGGAAAAAUAAUUAAUCGACAAUUACUAGUCAAUAUAUUACUUGAAGUAAUGACUACAACACCUCCAGAGCAUUCAGAGUUCACUACAUCAGACAUUUCUUAUUUAUAUUGUUUUGUGGCAAGAAAUUUGCCUAAAUACACACAAUUUCUUCUAUUACCACCUUCGACUAUUAAGAAAAUAUUGGUCAAACUCAGCAUGGACAAUGAUCCUCGUACACGUGAAGAGCGUCAGUUUGCAGUUGAAUGUUUGCUUUCGAUUUAUACGCCCGAGGAUGAAGAUCAAAUGGUCGUCCUUUAUGAGAAUGCGGGUUUUUGGAGAGUUCUAGAGCAUGUAUAUAAGGCGGAUAAAAAAUACGGUUUGCUGGUUACAACUUAUUUAAAAGAUGCAGAUCGAAAAAAAGAAGUGUUCGAUUGCAUUCGAGCUCUAUUGAAUCCUCAAAAUGGACUCACUUCAUCUCAACGCGAAGAAGUUUCUGCCACAGUUAUGUCGAUGAUUGACGAUAUUGUUGAUAUCGAUGGCGAACGUACUGCUCAAUUAAUUCAUGCUUACUUUGACGGUGACCAUCAAACAGUAAUAGAAAAUUUGGAAUCAUCGCCUGUACGUUUAUUCACCUAUCUAAGAGGGCUUCUUGAGCCACAACAAGACGACACAUUAACAGACGACAAUCAAAAUGAUUUACAGACCGUUGAUGAUCAAAUUAAUUGUGCUACUGAAUCCAAACCCGAGCCGCUUGAAAUUGGCUCAGAAAUACAUGAAAAAUACAUCGCUUUAAUGUGUAAAUUCGAUCCAACCGGGGUUUAUCAUUAUUUACAAACUCAUCAAGAUAAUACCUAUCGACUUGAAAAAGUACUUCCUAUAUGCGAAGCCGCUGGUAUUGUAGACUCGGUUGUAUGGAUAUUGGAAAGAAGUGGUGAUGCUGUAGGUGCUCUUGAUAAAGUAUUAAAUAUUGUCCAAGAAAAAAAAGAAGAUAUUCUUCAAUUGGUUGAGGACAAGAAAAAUUCAAAAAAUGAUCGAUGGACAAUGAACGAAAAAAAUAAAGUAGAACAAUCUUUAAUGAAAUUAAAAGGUGUUCUCAAAAUAGGAAUUAUGUUAUGCGAGAACAGCUGUCGACGUGCCACUUUGGCCAGUGGCGUCGGUGAGGCUAGUUCAUCUCCAAUUCUACCUUUACCCAAUCGUGCAAAUGAAAGUGAGACUGAACUACUUUGGUUCAAGCUUCUUGAUGCAUUUUUAGAUGCCACCAAAGCAGUUUCUUCAAGUUCAUCAACACAGUUCCCACCUUUAUUGCACGAUAGACUAAUGGCUAAUGGACAGGUUUCUUCAUUUGGGAUGCCACGAUUACCUGUGCCACCUCACAUUGCGAAUCACCUUAUGACCACAUUUAAAUCUUACGUACAGAGUAUUAUGAGGUCAUUGCUCUUGUCGACUUCCUCGUCUGUUUCUUUGCCGCGGCUCCUCUUACGGUUCAUUCAGUCACAAUCAAAGAGAAAGAAUAGUACAGUUGCAGACUUUCGGGAAAUUUUCGUUGGCAUGAUUGAUACAUACAAAUAUGAAGGUCAGUUGCUAGCUAUGACCAACCGACUAUUUGAAAAGGACUUGUUCGGGGGUGUAGCAGGUGUUGUACGACAACGUGGUAAAGGAUGGCGUCCUCGAAGGGGGACUUGUGAGGUGUGUGGGGGUCAGUUCUGGGGAACGGAUCUAACCCCACUGACCCUCCGUACAACAUCUGGUUGGGGUUCAGCCGAAAAGAAAAUGCCCCAUUCAUCCCAUAUAUCAACCAAUGCAACUAUUGCAGAUCUCAUUCCAAAUUUAGAGGCUGCGGCUGCGGAGGAUGACCCUGAACGGUCUGAAAUCUCUAACGAAGCAUCCACAACCAUGACGACCACUAUAGAAGAAACAAUAGCAGUGAAUACCACGGCGGUUACUCAAGAAAAUGAUCUGCUAUUGUUCCGAUGUGGCCACGGAUACCACCGAAGAUGUCUCGAAACCGAAUAUACUGGCGGUGACUCUGAAAAUGAACCUCCGGAAACAAGGUGUACUGUUUGUCAAACAGAAAAACUUGGUGAGAUAAGAACCCACAUACAAGAUUCUUCUAAACAUGGUACAAUUGACCGUGAGAUAAGAACCCACAUACAAGAUUCUUCUAAACAUGGUACAAUUGACCGUGUUAUAGGAAAGAGUAAGGGAAAGGAGAAAAAUGUGAGUUUAUUAUAA